AUGGCGGAUUGGAGUCCCAGCAUCCAGGAGUAUGUUGUAGCGCAGGCGUUCUUCGUUUUGACAAUAAAUUCCGCCAUCUAUGAACAUUCCAAGUGCAAAAAGUUGUUCAAACUAAGGCUUCUGCUGUUCGUGUUCGACAUCACGUUGGUAUUCUCGAAAGCCGAAGUUGAGUGGGGUGAAGAGUUCGACUUCGCCUGCUUAGCCAAUGUGUCGCCCAUGAAAGGAGACACCCAGAUAAUAAAAAUAAACAUGUACAUCGUAGUUCCAGAUGUGGCAGAGAUACUCGUGACGUGCGGCGCUGAUUUAAGAUGCUUAUUUUAUCAAGGGUUGAAUGCUACCGUGAAUAAUAGCAGCUCUCUUACCUGCGGCAUCAAUGGCUCGGCUGGGGAUAUCGGCUUCAAUUACUCCAUCUCCAGAGUUUACCCAUUCAAAUUCCAGAAGAUAACGGAAAUAAGAUUUAACAAAAUAAAGCUAUGCGUGAACAAGAGGACGACCUUCAGAUGCACUUCAAUCGCACACCCGCCAGCCACUGUCGAAAGAAUCACCUGCUCGCAUGUCAACUCAACCACAGUCAUCAGUGGAGGGGCCGAGCUUUUCUACACGACCAAAAAUGACACGAUAACUUUCAUUCGUUUUGGUGUUUAUACAUGCACGUGCUCCCUGAAGAAUGAAGUAUACGAAGAUAAGAGACUGUCCAGUCGUGAAACAUCUAGGAAAUUAAAAGUCUUCGCCCCAAACUGCUGUCGCACCUCAGAACGCAAGGCAUCUAAACACGGAAAAUUAGGUCGCACCUCAGAACGUAAGGCAUCUAAAUACAGAAAAUCAGAGCGGAUCUCAAGACCCAUCUGCUUGCAAAAUUUAUUGAGAAGCGAUGUUGAACAUCGCGAAAAUAGCGUUUUAUAA